CCUGACCACAACAAUUCAUUGUCACCACGGCACGACACUCAACGCAACUCUUGGUGUCAUUUUUCUUCUCGGCACGAACCGUCACCUCUCUCCGGUAAACCUGGUUUUCGUCGGGAGCCUCACGAUUUGGUCGCAAGCUGGGGGAAAAUGCGCAUGGCUUUUCUAUAGAGCCCCCUGACAAUCGACAAGCUCUUUAGCUACCCCCCGUGGCCGACAACAAUAAAACGAAACAAACAUCGCUGCCCAACGGCAUAAUUUAGAGUCUGUAACGUCUGUUCAAGUUUAAUCGCGCAAACACCAAGCUUUGCUCUUGGACCACGACGCUGCGACAUGGCGACCCAGACCGACAGGCCAUCCACGAGAGGCACAGAAACGGAUGGCCGAAAUGGUGAACAGAAGAACUUAUGGACCUCAAUGUUGGGUUCUGUGGCAAGCGGCAAGCGCCUACCGGAAAAGAAUCUUCUUGUCCUAGGUGGUACUGCCGAAGGCCAACGCGAGUUUCUCGAGGCGCUGUCCGCUUCCGAAUCAAGCAAAUCACAAGACCGACAAGCUCUUCCUCCAGUUGCAAACAACUUUGCGCUAGGCUACACCUAUUACGAUGUGCUAGAUGCCGACCAAGACGACACAUUAGCCCGAGUGUCCCUAUACCUGCUUUCCCAGCCAUCUGGAGAAUUCGCCUCUCUAAUUGCCCCCCUUCUCACACCCGAAACGAUCCCUAAUACAGCUUUGAUCAUCUUGCUUGACUGGACAACCCCUCAUUUGUGGUUGCGCGAACUCUGGACCUGGGUCCAGGUUCUAGAGGAGGUAAUGGGCCAGACCGAGAGCAGUGCCCGUCACGAAAUGGAAGACUUGAUGACUUCUUGGAAAGAACGCGGCCGUGGUGGCGCUGCCCUCAACCUUGACGGCACUCCUUCAGCAACAGCCGCGGAUAAUGAGGGCUCCCUACCUCUUGGCCCUGGUGAAUGGGUCGAGCCCUUAGGUUUACCCCUCGCAGUGGUUUGCCAAAAUGCACAAAAGAUGGAAUUCCUGGAAAAGAGCAAAGGUUGGAAGGAACCUGAUUUCGAUACUGUCUUGCAGUACCUUCGAACCAUCUUGUUGCGCCACGGUGCGUCCUUGAUUUAUACAAGUCAAAAUGCUUCAUCACAACUGCCAUCAUUGAUUCAUUCGACCUUGGGUAUCACAUCGCUGCUAAAGCGCGAACCCCUCAAACAUAACGUCAUAGACAGGGACAAGAUCGUUGUCCCGCCUAACUGGGAUUCCUGGGGUAAAAUCCGUGUCUUGGGCGGUUCGUUUGACGCGGAGCAAAUCUCAAAGGGCUGGUCUGAAGAUAUCAAGCUCCCCAUUGGCUCGCAACCCAGAAGUUUAGACGAGCUGCAAGAACAAAAGUCGGAAGGGCGCGAAAGUGAUGCAACCCUUCCCGAUGAAAGCGCCAUUGCCCGUUACGAAGACUGGUGCAGAGAUCCCAACAGCGGUGGCCUGGCUGUUGUGGACAGUGCCAUGGAAGACGGCAGCGCAGUGGGCACCGAGAGCGAAGAUGCGCAAGAGUUUCUUGAGCGCCAACUCAAGAUCCUCGAGGCUUUCAAAUCAAAAGUAUCGGAGAAGGCUGCUGACUCGUCCCUAUUGUCGUCUCAGCGCCGUGGCGAGCUUAUUGAAGAAAAGAGCGUCAACGAGCAUAUCGGGCCCGUGCAAUUCAACAUGGGAGGCAUCCAGGUUGACGCCGAUGAUAUGCUCCAAAGACUCAAGGACCGCAAUGGCCAGGCUUUGGAGGGUGAUGAAACCCCACCUGAGCCUGAGAGUCCAGUGGGCAACAUUUCAAAGGAGUAUGACAACGAGCAGCUUCAAAACUUCUUCAGCGGUCUCAUGAAUAGAACUGCGGGUGCUGCAGACAGCCCGAGGCAGUAGAGAGACACCAACUGUCGAAAGAAAAUUGGAAGCGCGAGUCAUUAAUCCCUAAUAUUUUGUGUAGCUGUUGAUCGCUUGUAAAAUAGAUACCCUUCAACUACUUAUGAUGAAUCCUUCAUUCACUUCUGGUUCAUAGUGUGAUAUAAAACAAAACGAUAUCAAUUUAGGGCAAGAUUACUGCCAUAAAUAGCUUAUUCUAAAAGUUGUGAAAAAAAAAGUAGCAAAAACGACGCCUCCCACCGCCGCGAGGCGACAAACUCCGGUCAAUUUUGCGAGCCCACAGUGUCGAGCCAUGUGAUUAUUAUGCCUUUUGUCUAGUGGCCUUGUAUUUGAUCUCUGUGUCAUUUGUUCCAGAACGCCCAAGACGAGCAGUGACCACACCAUUCAACAGCCCAGGGAAUAGCCAAGGGUGUUGAAGCAUCUCAGCCUCAAAGGCAUUGAUCGUAGUGCGGGCCAUCUUGGCAUAUGUGCUGUCAUCCAGGAGCUGCGCUAAUUCGAAGAGGUUGUCAGUUGCAACAGCGUUGAUAGAAGGAAGUGACGUAUCCAUGCCAUCCUUGAGGCGCAGGAUAGCAUUUGGUGCAUUUGCUUGGGUACUGAAGAAGGCGCCGCUCUUGUCAGCAAAGCGUUCGUUUUGCGACUCUGAAAAUAUAGUUAGCUAUAGAGAUUCCUUUGGAUGGGUAGCUUUGGUCCACUCACUUUGUAGCUCAUCUGCAAAUUCAAUCAGAGAUUCAUCUCCAGAGGCCGAAAAGAGAUCGAGAAGACCUCGAAUCAGGUAAACGUAAUCAUCAGCAAAGCCCUCGGUCUGGCGCUGGCCUGCUACCCAGAUUCUGUAGAGAAUCUUCUUCUCAGAAUCCCAAAGGUGUGGUCGAAUAAAGCCUGCUGCCUUGACUGCUGCAGCAAGAUAUUUCGCACUAGAAUCAGGUUUGGCACCCUUUGUUGCAACAGAUGCCUUCACAAGGGCAGAAAUCACCAGGCCGUUCCAGCCUACAACCGCCUUCUCAUCUAACUCAGGUCGCCCGCGCUCUUUCUCUCUCCUUGUGUUCAGAGCUUGACGUGCAACCUCGAUAGUCUGCUUGACUUUUUCAGACGUAGUCUGGAAUUGCUGGCUCAGCUCGUCUGAUGUCUUCACGAUUCGGAGAAUAUUUUGGUUGACUAAUUCGUCAUUGGGAUCAUGAUCCGCAUCGACGUUUCCAUCUUCAAGGACAUUCCAAUAGGCGGCAGCUACUUGGCUCGCCCCGGUCUCAGCGGCUUCAAUAACACUGUCGAAUUCGCGUCGUGUCCAAAGAUAGUAUGCUCCCUCUUUCACCUCAGUAUCUCCUUUCUUAACAGCAGAGUCUGCAGCCUCACUAGAUGAGAAGAGGCCAUCUUUCGACACAAUGGGUUCGGAAGACAGGUAGUUGGCCAAUUCCAAAACAACAUCGAAAAAUUCGCUGGUUUCAAGCCCACCAAGAGUCUUCCAGGCAUCGGUGUACAGGGACAGAAGGAGAGCGUUAUCUGUAACAAGCUUUUCAAAGUUAGGGAUGCUCCAAUCGGGGGUAACAGAGCAGCGAGAAAAUCCAGUUUGGCCGAUGUGGUCAUGCAGAGCACCAUCGCGAAUCUGUCGAAGUGUGGCCACCGCCAUAUCAGUACCAUUUUUGCACUCCUUUUCACCGACAACAUCUUGUACGGGUCCGGCGUAUUGGUUAAGGCGAAGAAGAAACUCAAGUUUCGGGGGGGUCAAAAACUUCGGUGCUAAGCCAAAGCCGCCGUAUACGGGGUCAAAGGUACCGGCGAUGUGUGUGUAGGCUUCCUCGAGCUGGUCGAGAUCCAAUUCGCUAGACACAGCACCUUCCUUUUCUUCAUUAAGUGAGGCUUCUGUAGCAAUAGGAGCGGCGCCCCAUCCAGAUGGAGCAAGACUGGUGUGAGGUGCAGAGAUGCUUCUAGUACCCAGCGUUCCUUCAGCGGCAAAAUCUCGCAAUUGAGCAACGAUUUCAGAGGCUUCUUUGCGGCAUCUAGCCUCUUGAUCCUUCCAGAUAUUUCGAACCUUCUUCGCAAUGUUAAGGAAAUCCAAAGGCUCUUCGUCUUCCUGGUCUCCGCCUCCACGCUUGGAAGAGCCUGGGCCAGGCCAAUAUGUUCCACCAAAGACGGGUUCCAUCUCGGGAGUCAGAAAGAGGUUAAGUGGCCAUCCACCAACAUUGCUGACAGCUUGAACAUAAUUCAUGUAGACGCUGUCUAGAUCGGGGCGCUCUUCUCUGUCGACGAUGAUUGGAACAAAGGACUCGUUAAGGACGGCAGCGCAUUCCGUAUUGUUGAAUGAUUCUGUGGACAUGAGACGGCAGUCUAACGGUGUAGAUAGAUUAGUCUCUGUACUAUUGAUGAUGACAGGUUAACAUGGCAUUCAAGAAACUUACAGUGGCAGGCCUUAUAUCCGAUGUGUAGGAAUAUAAGCUUCCUAUCUGCCUUGGCGAGCUCAAUCGUCUUGUUGUCAAGCGGCUGCCAGGCUACAGGGCUGUUUGCGUGGCUCUUUACGUAGGUGUUUUUGCUCUCACCAGCGCGGUUAGAGAGGGGUGUGUGUUCAUUCUGGCCAGAGCCGGGAGCAUCGCGGUUUUGGUGCCCGAUGGAGAUGUUGCUCAUGGCCUUGACGGCAGAAGCAGUGAGCUCCGAGACACCCAUGGUGUAGGCGCGGGGGGAGUCGGGAUGAAGAUGGUCAAGAUAUAAAGAGUACAAAUAAAUGCGAUAUAUAUCCAGUCGAUUAAUAAAGCGUAGUCAAGAUCUUGCGAGUCUGUAAAAGGCGGUGAUGAAGGCACGCGGAGAUAAAAGUGGC